AUGGCAGAGGCAAUUAAUAUUGAUCCUAGUGAGGAUCUUCAGUCUGGAAAGGAAUAUGAGACACUGGAACAAGGUUCUAUAUCAAAUGUUCAAGUUGAACUUAUAUCAAGAUUUUUUUCGGAGUGUCCACAAGCAGCUUUAAAUGUACACAAGUACCUGCAGAAAAAUUAUUCAAAGUCAAAUCAGCAACAACAACAACUCAUGCAACCAGUGAAUUCAACACCGAAACGCGGUCAUCCACUAGAUGAAAGCGGAGGUUCGAUCAGCAACGGAAGAGAUCUCCGUAAAUAUCCUCGAAGGGGUAUUGACAAUAAUGCACAUAAGCACUCACAUAAUGUACAAUCAGAAAUUAAUUUACAAACACAGCAACCAUCGUCUUCGAUGUUGUCAGAUGUAAGACAACAUCAAGAGAUAAAUCAAGAUAAUACGAAUCGUAAACGAAUUUCUUUUAAUCAACUGAAGCACGCGGUAUCGUCUAAUUUACCAUGUUUCUUUAUUGAAUUCACCUCGGAUGCGGAUCGUAAUAGUAUUCCAACAGCUCUUCAUGCAAGUGAUCUUAUACUGAAAGAACUGCAAACCAAUGGUGUUUUAAUCAAUAGAUUUACAUUAGUAGGAUGGACAGGAAAAAAGCUAAAGUUAGGUGUUAAUAAUAAAGAAGAUUACGCUACUCUCGUCAGUUCGGAUAAAUGGCCAACAAAGAUAAAUGGAAUUGAUAUUGUGGUCGUGAAACCAAAAUAUAUACCAGAUUCAUUCACUCUCGUCGUCCGUUAUGUACCUAGGGAAUUAGAUGAAAAUUUUGUUUCAAAUGAAAUUCAGCGAACAAUUGCUUCUGCAGAUCGUAUUAAACGUAUUCAUUAUUCAUACCAAAGAAGCACAGAUGAUUAUCGAUUCGAAGUGAAAGAUUAUCGUGAAUAUAAUGCUGUGUUGCAACUGGGUCGAAUUGCAAUAGGUCAUUCGUGGUUAUCGAUCACCAAGUUUUAUCCGGGAAAUCGUUUAACGUACUGCACGAAAUGUUGGCGUAUUGGUCAUUUAAGGAACAAAUGCAGCUCAGAAAGCAAAUGUCGUAUUUGUCUUGAAAGUCUGAAUGUCAAUACUCCUCAUAUGUGUAAAAAUGUACCGAAAUGUGCUCAAUGUGAUGGAGAUCAUCAUUCGUUGGAUAGUCAAUGUCAAGUUUUAAAAGAAUAUAAAGAUCAAUUAAAGGAAGAUGUCGAAGAUGCCAUACAAAAAGGACUAUUACAGCGAUUCUCACCGCAAGAGAAAGCAUCUACAGUUGAACGUCGAGAGCAAGACUUUCCGCCAUUAGCAGCAAGUGAUAAUCAUUCCAAUAAAAAAUGGAAUACUGCGCUGCCACGUACAACUGUUGAGUCGAAUGACUUACGAGCAUCAUAUACUGAUAAAACAAUUGAAUCCAUCAAUGAUAAUCUGACAAAACUAAUCGAUAGUAACAAACGGCUUGAAAAUAAAGUUGAUCUAGUAUCAUCAAGUAUAAAAACCGUUACUCUUGAUAUUCAGCUACAUCAAGCAGUCUUAGCAGAUACUAUCAAUAUUAUGAAAGACUUCAUGCAAUAUGUUAUACCAGCAUCGUUAACUGCUAGCAAAGUUGAAAGAUCAUCGUUGGUACAAGUCACGAGCGAAUACUACAAGCGCCUUCAUGUCGCGUCCUCAAGAUUAAUAAAUGGUUUCCAAUUAAAUCAAUUAAAUCAGCAAGUUGAACUGUUUGUGCAUAAUACUAAUAUUGAUCAACACUCUGCAUCAGUUCACAAAUCUUCACAGAAUGAUAAGUAG